AUAAAACCAUCCAUUAUUCAUCAUACAUCAUGGCAGUUGUUACAAGUGAGUUAGAGAUUCCUUCUUCAGUUUCUGCUUCCAAACUUUUCAAGGCAUUCCUUGAUUUUCGCAACCUUGCACCAAAGGUUGAGCCUGAAUCUUUUAAGGCCAUAGAGUUCAUCAAAGGUGAUGGAGGCAUUGGAACAGUCCAACAAACUACUUUUGUUGACGGCUCAAAAUCAAAGCUCACAAUUGAUGCUAUUGACCACAACAAUUUCUCUCUUGGUACAACAAUUUUCGAAGGUGGUGAAUGGAUGGACAAUCUAGAGUCUGCUACUUAUCACGCAAAAUUUGUACCUUCUGCAGCUAACGACGGUUCAACAUAUAAGGUCUCAUCUGUGUAUAAGUGCAAAGAUCCUGCCAAAUUUACAGAAGAAAAUGCUAAGUUUGCUGACGAAUAUACCAAAAAGACUUUCAAGGCUAUCGAGGCAUACAUCAUUGCAAAUCCAAAUGCAUAUUGAUGUUGGACAUUGUUUCAGUUGUCACUCUGUUUUCCUAUAUGUGGUACUGUGUUUCUUUUAUAAAUAAGGUGAUCAAUAAUAAAAUAUAAGUUUGUUUGUUAA